CGUACAAAUUUUUUUUUUCCCCCUUAAUGGCUCCCCCAUACAAUUUCAGUUCCUAAACUUUUAAAAGACCCAAUUAUUAUUUUGUUUUUCUACAGCUAAAAGUCCAAGACUAAUCAACAAAACUCCUUAUCAAAAAAAAAAAAAAGAAGAAAAAAAAAAACUAGUGAAUAAAACAGUUCCCCCAUUCGCCAAAAAAAACAAAAAAAAUAAAUAAAAAGGAAAAAGAUUCGAAAUGUGAAAGCAUAAAAGCAUUCCAUUUCGGAUUUUUUUUCCUUUUUCCUAAUCGGAAUUCCGAGCUUUCCUUUCCAUCCAUGGCGGCCAAGAUGGGGUCGUUCAGGUACAACUUCGUGGAGAAGCGAGAGCGAUUGCUCUCCAUGAACAAAGGCUAUUCGGAGCUGGCCGGUUUUCUCCCCACGGAAUCCGACGAGGAGAACCAGCUCGCUUCUUCUCCUUCUCGGUGCUGUGGCUGUGGGUUCUUGUCGUUCCGAUCGGUCUCCGAUGGGCUCUUCCGGCGGUAUCGGACGGCUCAGGAAGUGCUCCACAAGGCGUGGGAGAUGGGCCGCUCCGAUCCGAGGAAGAUCGUUUUCUCGGCGAAGAUGGGUUUGGCUUUGAUGCUCAUUUCGCUUCUGAUAUAUCUCCGGGAGCCUUUCAAGGACCUCAGUCGCUACUCCGUUUGGGCUAUUCUCACUGUCGUCGUCGUUUUCGAGUUCAGUAUAGGAGCGACUCUGAGCAAAGGAUUAAACCGCGGGAUUGGAACAUUAUCUGCUGGAGGGCUUGCUUUGGGCAUGGCAGAGUUGUCAAAAUUGGCUGGAGAAUGGGAAGAAGCUUUCAUUAUCACUAGUAUCUUUACAGUUGGAUUUGUUGCAACUUAUGCGAAGUUGUAUCCAACGAUGAAGCCUUACGAAUACGGAUUCCGAGUGUUCCUCUUGACAUACUGUUUCAUAAUGGUGUCUGGGUAUAGGACAGGGGAGUUCAUAGAGACAGCCGUUACGAGAUUCUUGCUCAUUGCACUUGGUGCUGCUGUUGGUUUUGGAGUGAAUAUCGGCAUAUAUCCCAUCUGGGCUGGUGAGGAUCUACACAAUUUGGUGGCGAAGAAUUUCAUCGGUGUUGCAACGUCUUUGGAAGGUUGUGUGAGCAAUUACCUAAACUGUGUUGAAUAUGUGAGGGUCCCUUCGAAAAUUCUCACCUAUCAAGCAUCUGAUGAUCCUUUGUAUAAAGGGUACAGAACUGCUGUUGAAUCUACCAGCCAAGAGGAUGCUCUGUUGGGAUUUGCUAUCUGGGAACCACCUCAUGGUCGUUAUAAAAUGUUUAAUUAUCCUUGGAAGAACUAUGUAAAAGUUAGUGGCUCAUUGAGGCACUGUGCAUUUAUGGUCAUGGCAUUGCACGGCUGCAUACUUUCAGAAAUACAGGCCCCGGCUGAACGAAGACAAGUUUUCCGCAAUGAGCUUCAGAGGGUAGGAGCUGCAGGUGCUAAAGUGCUGCGUGAACUUGGAAUUAAAGUUCAAAAGAUGGAGAAGUUGGGUCAAGUUGACAUCCUUUAUGAAGUGCAUGAGGCUGCAGAGGAGUUGCAAAAUAAAGUUGAUCGGAAGUCCUACCUUCUUGUCAAUUCAGAAGGUUGGGAAAUUGGUAGCAGGCCCGGUGAACCCCAAGAGUCCCUAAACUUGGAUGUCGACGAGGAUAAACAUCUUGAAUACAAAUCCCUGAGCGAAGCUGUACUUGAUCUCAGAUCUGUUCCUGUACCAAAAGGUUGGGAUGACAAAAUUCCCGCUGGCAAUAAUGGCUUUAACCCCGAAGGCUUGGGGUACCUCCCGAGUAACAUGAACUCCACCCAACCUCCAGGUGUUCCCUCAGAUAACUUAUUCAGGAAAAACAUAUCAUGGCAUGCUGGUCUUACCUGUACACAUAAUGGGGAGCCUAUAACUGAAGAAUCAAAAACUUAUGAGAAUGCUAGUGCAUUAGCACUAGCGACGUUUACGUCUCUUUUGAUCGAAUUUGUUGCGAGGCUUCAACAUCUCGUUGACUCGUUUGAAGAGUUAAGUGAGAAAGCCAAAUUUAAGGAACCGGUGGAGUCACUAGAAACAACGGAAUCUACCGGAUUUUGGACGAGAUUGUUUAACUGUUUGAAGUUUUGGAUUUGAAAUACACCAUCUACAGAGUUUUGGGUUAAUACAGAAGAAGGACCUUGGAAGAGUUGGCAUCAAUACGGUAUUUGCAGUUGCUUAUCAAUGACUGCAUUCUGAGUUAAGUAUACAGUGGUACUAAUUUCCGCUUCUGACAUUACUCAUGAACGGCAUGCGCUUUUUAUUGGCCGCGCUCCCUUUGCUCCGGUUUCUGCUGCGGAUGAAUUGCAAAAAUAUGUGAUAUUUAGUUCUGCAUGCAGGAUUGAGAGAUUAUAUAGGUGGACUGAGAGAUUAUACGGGAGGUUAGAAAACAUGGAAUCCUUGUAAUUAUGAAACUGACUGAGAAACAAAGGGAAUGAAAAAUGCUGUUUUCCAACUAAAUCUGCGUACAUGCUGGAAAAGUUGUGGCGAUAUAUGAUGAACAGGUUUUCUUUGCUAUUAAAGUUAGAACAUGUUUAGAAUUUGAUUUCUUUGCUAUUAAAGUUAGAACAUGUUUAGAAUUUGAUCCUCCAAUUGUAGUUGAAGACAUGAAGUUGGAGUUUUCCAUUUAUUAUGGUCCCGCUAUUUUGAGUUUAUAAACAGUGUAAUGUGCUUGCAAGUUGCAAUUAAAGUAUUAAGUACUGUAGUAAUGUGGUUUCUGGACUACAAGACAGAGAUACUUUAAAAGGACUAAUUGGAUCCGCUUGUCCUGUUGUCCACAUUUACUUUGUAGUAAGCAUUAGUAGUAGAUU